UUUUUUUUUUAUGUAUUUGUAUAUCUUAUCCUCUAUCGUGUUUAAGAAGAAGAGAAUAAUGAAGCUUUUUAUGAAAUAAUAUUUGGGUUUAUUUUAUUUUAUUUUCUCCUCAAAUAUUCAAAUUUACGUCAACGUCCGUUACGUUGGUGACGUCACCGCGAGCGCGAGAAGUCGAAGUGAGGAGCAGAAAGCGUUGUUAGUGUUAGUUCUGGCCCGUUUGGACCCAAACUAAAGUGUAUCAGUAUGAAGCAGGCGGAGACGGCGCACUGAUUCACUCUCAGAGCUCGAUUCACUAAUGACCGAAUCACCGAGGAACCGACCAAAGAUAACUCACACCCGCACGGAGAAGAACAACAAGAGGAGGAGAAGAUGAGCUGGAGUGGGGCAAAGAGAACUGCAUUCAGAUCAAACGGAUACAAGAGGUGGCCGAGUUGUUUGAGGAUCUGAAGAAUUGAGUGUCACAAUUCAACAUGCACAUCAGCGAAACUUCUCCCUCUGACUACACCAGCACGCACACACAGAAAUUCAUAGUGCAGGUGGCGAUUGCAGGCGCAUUUUAUCCGAACUGCUUCCUCCAGGGAACUGUGGACGAGGAGCUCGCCUCCAAGGAACUCUAUGGAAACGACCCCAGGACCACCGUAGUGGUGUGUAAUCUCCCUCUAUUUGCAUUCCUCUACUAUAAACAGCUCCAGUCUCUCUUCAGACACUGUGGUCAAGUCAAAUCCAUCUCCUUUGACAGCUCCAGGGCCUAUGUAGAGUUCUACUGCUCGUCAAUGAGAGGUUCUGGCGUUCUCCCAGAGGUCUCUCUGUCUCUCCUCCUCGCACAGCAGAGACUUCCUCUCCAUCUCAACGUUUAACCCGCUGGAGAGGUGGAGACUUGGGCAGGGGGGUAGUGUAUCUCACACCUCAGAUAUACACGGUACACACACACACACACACACACACACACACACACACACACACACACUGCAGCGAGCAUCAUCAGAUGAGUCAUAGUUACAUUUUAAGUGAGAGUAGUCAUGUGACCACAUCCCCUAGACAGUGUGAUGUUUAUAUGAUAUUCUGUACAUUAGUGCUGUUCUGUUACAGGUCUCUCUCUCUGUGUCUCUCUCACUCACUGUGUGUGUGUGUGUGUGUGUGUGUGUGU